AUGUUCCCAGCCACUUCUUUCAUUGCCUUUAACGCCGUCUUAUUGGGGGCGGAGAGAGGACUUGGGGGGCGGAGAGAGGACUUGGGGGGCGGAGAGAGGACUUGGGGGGCGGAGACAGGACUUGGGGCGGAGAGAGGACUUGGGGCGGAGACAGGACUUGGGGGCGGAGAGAGGACUUGGGGGGCGGAGACAGGACUUGGGGGCGGAGACAGGACUUGGGGGCGGAGACAGGACUUGGGGCGGAGAGAGGACUUGGGGGGCGGAGACAGGACUUGGGGGCGGAGACAGGACUUGGGAGGCGGAGACAGGACUUGGGGGCGGAGACAGGACCAGGCCCUGAUUGUGCUCGACUCUGGGUUUUGA